AGAGAGAGCCAGUGACACUCUGAGGCUGUGCGCGUGAGGGAGUGCCGACCCGCGCUGCCACUUGUUCCACCACGCUCUCGCUCCCGCUCUGCAGGUGUGUCUCUCCCGCCUAACACCUGUCAGCCGACACGGAGGCGAUUCAAAGUUGUGUGACGGAAGUGACGCCCCCCCCCUCUCCAGCACGAGGGACGCCACUAUACAUCGACGCCGCGCCGGCCGAUCAGUACCUGGGCUGGGGUGUAUGGUGGAGGAGAGAGAAAGAGAAAGUUAAAGAGAAAUAAGGGAAAAGCAGAGAGAAACGAAGGGAGAAAAAAAGGAGAGUUCAGUGUUGUGUGAGUCUGUGUAAGUGUUCGUAAUUCUUUGGCAAGUGGCUCGAAGUUCAAAAGAGUGAUAUGACCAUGAUAUGCCUCGUGGGAAAAUAGGUCAUUUUUUCAAACUGCUGUGAAGGACUUUUGCUGAGCUCCGUCGCCCCCCCCUCGCCGCCGCCAUAGGUCUCCUGGGCCUGACGGUGUUCACUCGAUGGACACCGUCAAAGGCAAACUCCCGCUCUUCCUCUUCCUCCUCCUCCUCUUCCUCUUCUUCCACCUCAAAAUCCCUCAAAACGAUGUCUCUACAUCGGUCCUCCUCCACGUCAUCCUUCUCGAGCUCUUCCUCGACGCUGCUCCUCCACCCGUUGGACAUUCACUUCCUGGCCGAGCCGUAUGGGCCGCCGCCCCCGCCCGGACCCGCGCAGCCCGACCCCUUCCAGAUGGGUCCUCCUGAGGGCCCCCCGCCCGCCAUUGUCUCCUCCUCCGCCUACAUCACCACUUCAUUCUCGGCCAGGAUCCUCGAGGGGCAGUCCUCGCCCGUAGGAGGGGCCGCGGAGGACGUGGGGGACUCCGCCGUGGGGGGGCUGGCGCAGUACAAAGCGAUGUCCCUGCCCACAGCGCCCGCAAUGCCCGCCAUGCCCACCAGCCUGCCCACGACGCCCACCUCCCAGGUACCCAUGAAAACGAGUAACCUGCCCAAAGUACAGGUUUGCGGGCGGGCGGGCGUGUGGUGGGCGCUGAAUGCGGGCGUUUUGCUGCUCUAUCGCGACAUGCACGCCCGUGGACAGUGUUCCUGCGUGAGGGCGGAGGUCGUUCCACUACACAAGGUGCCCGGUCCACUCCAGGCGGCGAUGGUGCUGGAACAGGAGGACUUCUCCGAGACCCACGCCCUUCUGCCAGGUAGGUCCUCGUGUCCUUGUCUCUCCUUCCGCGAACGCUCGCUCGUCUCUCUUUGUCGACCGGUUUACGUGUUCAGCUAUCGACUUUUUGCUGUAUUUAUCUUUUUAUUCAUCCAUUUUUAUUUUAUUUUAUCUAUCUGUGUUUAUGUUUUUUUUUUUCUUUUACUCUUGUUUGAAGACGAUGAUAUGCCAUUCAUAGGGUUAUUAUUUUCAGGUACGUUUAUGUAAUCAUCAAUGUUAUUAUCUCUACCCUACCUUUCCGUAACAAAGUUCCUGAUGAUAUUACCAAUCCUUUAUUUCUCCCCUUUGCCCUUGGAAAGGGUCGUUCGUAUACUGUUUCCUGUUCA